AUGCCCUCUGAAUUGGCAGAGCCUUCACUGUUCAAGGUUCAUCAGCUUCUACCAGUGAGGGAUCUUAAACUACUUGUUCGGGACUACACUCCAAUCUCCAAAAAUGCAUUGACGAUAUUGAUAAACCUCUCCGGCGACGAGGAGGUUCUCAAAGAACUAGCUGAAGAUGAUGCUUUUCUGGAAACCCUCUUGAGUAAAGUCACGGUAAUUAUUUCAGAUUCUGCGCCACUCCCAACCGGGACCGCACAACAGAACAAGAAAGAACCCCACGUCAACGAAAUCACCAUGCUCCUCGCCAACCUCGCUAAAUCCGAUAGCUUCAAGCGUAUCAUAAACCUAACCCGCAGCGUGCCCAAGGAUGUCUCUGGCUCCCCAAAGGCCCUCGACCAAUUAAUGGACUGCUUCAUAAAGGGGCAGGAUGGCGGCAUCAACAAGGCCACCGACUCCAACUACGACUAUCUAGCCUACGUCUUCGCCGACCUCUCCAAAUACGACGAAGGUAGAGCCUACUUCCUCACUCGACAGGAAUACGACUCCGUCAUCCCCAUCACCAAACUCACCAUCUUCACCGAGCACCGCAGCCACAUCCGUCGAAAGGGCGUGGCGUCGACGCUGAAGAACAUCGCGUUCGAGGUACAGGCGCACUCGCAGCUGCUCGCGGAGUCCGGGGUGAACAUCCUCCCGUACCUCCUGUUGCCAGUCGCGGGACCCGAGGAAUUCACGGAUGAAGAGAGCGCGGCCAUGCUGCCGGAUCUGCAGCUUCUACCGCCGGACAAGGAGCGGGAUUCAGAUAAGGAUAUCAUCGCGACACAUUUGGAGACGUUGCUGCUGCUGACGACGACGAGGGAGGGCAGGGAGCUGAUGAGGGCGGUUAAUGUGUAUCCGAUCAUACGGGAAUGCCAUUUGCAUGUUGACGAUGAGGGGACGCGGGAGGGGUGUGACCGGUUGGUGCAGGUGCUGAUGAGGGAUGAGGAAGGGGAAGCCAAUGGGGGGGAAGAUGCAGUGUUGGCGAAGGCUAAGGCGGAGUUUGGGAAAGGGGUCGCUGACGAGGAUGAGCAGAUUGUGGAGGUGUUUUGA